AUGCCCAAAAUGCCCUCAGCCAAAGCAUCCGCCGAUGUCAAGAAGGAAACCUCUGAAGACGUCAGCCAGGUCAAACCCGAGCCCGAUAUGCCCUCUACCCCGAAGAAAAGAAAGGCUCCAACCGACGGCGGGGAAGGUUCUCCAUCGCCUGCCAAAAAGGGUGGUUGGUCGGGCGAGGCAAAGGCCAAGCUUGCAACCUUCCUGGUCGAUAAGGGUUAUACCAGUAUGACUACGGAAGACUGGAACACCAUCGCUGAACAGAUUGGGGUCACCGCAAACCAAUGCAAAGAUCAACUCAAACCCAAGAGGAAGAACGUCAGGAGCGCGCUGCAGACCAUGAUCGACGGCAUGUGA